AUGCGUUCUUUUACUGCCCUGAUGCAGGGCCUAGCCCUUGCCACCUUCGCCCACGCCGUUGACCCCGCUGCGAUCUACAGCGGUGGCUACAACGCAUCCAGCGAAGUCUUGCUUCGCAUUGGAAACGGUGGUGCCGGACAGAGCGGACUGAUUGGCGUCCUCGCAGACGCCUUCAUCAGAUCCAGCGUCCAAAAUGGCUCAACCCCCUUCAAAGUAGCCUGGUACAAAAGUGAUACUACAGAAUCAAUCAAAUACCUCAAAUCCAACACCGUCGACAUAGGCAUAACAUACGCCCCAGCCGCCGAGCAAAUAGCCAUAACCCAGGCCAUCGCCAAAUCCCCAGCCUGGUACGCCUGGCGCGACCACUUCCUCCUAACCGGCCCACCCUCCAACCCAGCCAAUCUCUCCAACACCACCGACAUCAAAACGAUGUUCUCACAGAUCUUCUCAGCUGCCGAGAAUGGCACCUCCUCGCCGCCCGUGCGCUUCCUCUCGCGCUACGACAAGUCCGCCACAAACAUUAAAGACUCGCAGCUGUGGAUCGAAAUCGGGCAAGUGCCCUGGGCCACAGCGUACUCCACUUGGUACCACCAGUAUAUUUCGUACCCGAUCCAGGCGCUGACAGCGGCGAUUUUGUUGGAUGAGUAUACUAUUACGGAUCGGGGGACGUUCUUGUCCAUCGAUGCUGGGUUGCAGAAUCAGACGAUUGUUUAUAAGGCGGCGACGGAUGCACCAGAGGAUCCGUUGCUUAACCCGGCUCAUAUGCUUGUUGGGCGCGGGGCGAGCAAUGAGAUAAUGGCGGACCGUUUUGCGCAGUGGGUUAUUGGGCUUGAGGGGCAGAGGGCUAUUGUCGGGUUUCGGAAAAAUGGGCAGCAGCUUUAUACGGCUGCACCGAUUAAUAAGACUGCGCUGUUUUAG